AUGGAAUGGAAAAACCAAACUAUUCCGGUGGAAUUUAUUCUGAAGGGGCUUUCUGGUUACCCAAGGCUUGAGCUUCUCUUUUGGCUCAUUUUAAUAAUGUAUGUGGUCAUCCUUCUGGGCAAUGGCACCCUUAUUAUAAUCAGCAUUUUGGAUGCUCACCUGCACACCCCUAUGUACUUCUUCCUGGGAAACCUGUCCUUCUUGGACAUCUGCUACACUACUGCCUCCAUUCCUUCCACACUGGUGAGCUUCCUCUCCCAGAAAAAGACCAUUUCCUUCUCUGGUUGUGCAGUGCAGAUGCUCCUUGGUUUGGCCAUGGGAACAACAGAGUGUGUGCUCUUGGGAAUGAUGGCUUUUGACUGCUAUGUGGCUAUCUGCAACCCUCUGAGAUACCCCAUCAUCAUGAGCAAAUUUUCCUAUGUCCCCAUGGCAGCUGCAUCCUGGUUUGCAGGGUUUGUCAACUCUGCAGUACAAACUGCAUUGGUGGUACAACUACCUUUCUGCAGAAAUAAUGUCAUCGAUCAUUUCCUCUGUGAAAUUCUGGCUGUCAUGAAGAUAGCUUGUGUUAACAUAUCAGACAAUGAGUUUAUCAUGCUCAUGGCUACGACGUUGUUCACUUUGGUGCCACUGCUCUUGAUUUUCCUUUCUUACUCAUUAAUUGUUUCCAGCAUCCUCAAGAUAAGCUCUUCUGAGGGUAGAAGCAAAGCCUUCUCUACAUGCUCAGCCCACCUGACUGUGGUGAUAAUAUUCUGUGGGACUACCUUCAUGUACAUGAAACCCAAGUCUAAAGACACACUUGAUUCAGAUAACUUAAAUGCUACCAACAAACUUAUAUCCAUGGUCUAUGGGGUGAUGACUCCCAUGAUGAAUCCUUUAAUCUACAGUCUCAGAAACAAAGACAUGAAGGAAGCAAUUAAAAAUCUAGUGAACAAAGGUUCUUUUGCUAGUGUUUAGGAAAGAUUUUGGAUUGUGAACAAAUUGGAUAUUGUUGAAAUGUGAGAAUUGUGUUGGAAUUUUCAUUAGUUUUAUUCUUUCUUUGCCUUUUCAUGUAUUUUGUUAAAAUUUUUGUAAUGAGAUGUAGCAUUUAAGAAUUGUUACAUGUUCAUAAAGAAUUUUUGAGAUACAAGAGAGUGGGAUAAGAAAAAAUGAGGCAACAUAACAGGGAGAGAUAGUCAUUUUCUAACAUUUUGAACAGAAUGUUUGCAUUCUGUAUUUUUUGCAGUAUUGGCAUUAUGUGUCUUUUUAUGUUGAUUUUUUUGCAUACAUAACAUUAUUUCUUAGG